AAUUUUGAAGUAAGCUGUCAUUGGUCACAUUAUCAAAUCAAAACUUCAAGUUGUGAAAAAUUUUAAGUUUCGGCGAUCCAUUAUUAUCAUUUUAAAAAAUGUCCGGUCGGGAAGGUGGUAAAAAGAAGCCACUGAAGGCUCCAAAGAAAGAGCAAAGGGAAUUAGAUGAUGAUGAUCUUGCACAUAAACAGAAGUUAAAAGAACAACAGAAGGCUUUACAGGAAGCUAAGGCCAAAGCAACACAGAAAGGGCCAUUAACUCAAGGUGGAAUAAAGAAAUCGGGCAAAAAAUGAUAACCAUAUUGUUAAUAUAUAAAAC